UUUUAGGAUGCGAUCGGUGUUGAUUGAAAUUUAAAGCGAAAUGUAAAGCAUGUUUAAUGUUGAUAGAAAUGUUAAGUAACAUAAGUUCUUAUGAGAGGAGAACGAGAUUACAAAUUAAUUAAAUAUCUAGAUGCGACGUGAUCGUAUCGAAGUAUUAGUACAAAUUACAUGUAUUCUGCAGCGACGUUAUCAUAAGACGAAUGUGCGAUUCAACGAUAGCUAUUCUGGAAUUUGAGUGUCUGCAUCGCGCGAGUCGCAAGAAUUUUCUGAUUAAAGAAAAAAUCACAAGUAGAAAAAUACAAAGGUGUAAUAUUGAACAGAGCGCAGUCGAUGUUCUUCAUUGGUUACCGCGGUUCAAAUUCGCAUUUGUUGCCACGUGGCGAACUUCAACGCAGUAUUACACACAUAGUAUCCAUAGUUCGUGCAUUCGUCCAAUCGUCUCUGUCAGCGCUUACGCUGACAGGCUAAGCCGACCGUCGUGACAAUGUAAUUCACACGUCCGUCACAUCGCGACGAUCCGUCUCAAAAUGUUCGCGUGUGAUUAUGUGGAGGUCAUCAAAGAGGCUGAUCGUCAGUUGCGUACAAUUUGUCUUUAGAUGCGGUCGUAACCUCGAGGCGGAAGAUUUGGAUGACGUGUCGGAUUACGAUGUUCAGGACGUUCCUGGUAAUACAACGACGACGUUCGUCUCUUUGCGGUCUCGUGCAAACGCGUUCUCCUGCGAGCGUAACGCAGCGAUAUCACGCGAGAAGCGGUGCGCGUCGCGCUUUAGAGCGAAAGCGUUGAUCGGAGCGCGCAAAGUGCUCGUUCAGUCUCACCUUUACACGAUCGAUCUGCAGAAAGCGACGUCUCCGAGCGAGACGUCGCGCGUGCUUGCGAAAAAAUACGAGACGACGUCCGCGACGCGACACACGGCGAGAUCGUUGGUGGGCCCGCGGCGGAUUGCGCCGUGGGGAGUCGAUCGAUGUCGCGGCCGACCGGCCCGGCGCUGUGCGCCAUACAGAGCGCUGAAAACAGUUCAACGUCCUCCAGCAGUGCACUUCCAGCCGCGGACCUUCGGGAUUUCGUGGCAGCCACGCCAGGACGACCUCCAGCACCGGCCGGACGCACCCGGCGCGAGGCGCACCUCGUCGCCGGAGGUGGUGACCAAGAUGUUGCGCGCUCUGGAGGAGAUGGGUGAGCCGGUGGGCCCGUCGGCGACCGACAAGGUGCGCGCUGACCCAGCCGUGUCCCUGGAGUUCUUGCUUCACCCUGGUGCGCCUUCUGCGAGAACGAGUUGAGAGGAGGAACGGGGGAAACUCGUAGCCUCUUCUUCGGCGAUAUCAGGACGAAUCAGUUCUCUUGGUAGUCCGUUUGGUAUCUCAGACUUCGGAUUCCCGGCAGCCGCCUGUCUGACCGUGCGAAGCCUCUGUGUCUGAUCACCGUGACUUUUAUUUUUAUUUUUCUUAUAUUGCAUCCUCUCCGUCGGGCCGUUGCGAUUAACGUUUAACGUUGUGUGCAACGGUCGCGUGUGCGUGCGCGCACGAUGCGUUCUUAAUUUUAGGACUUGCGUCAGGAUUUUCCUUUCUUCUCGUUUGCUUUUAUCGGAAAAUGUUUGUUACACUGUUUAACGUAUCGCGGUGUGAACGGAUUGCAUGUUGUCGCCGAGCCGCAUUGCUGAAAUUGUCUCAUCGGAAAACGCACCGGCGACGAGAGUUAUUACAGUAAAAUCUCGUUGUAGAAAACUCGAUUACACACAGCUACGUCGAAUUGGACUCUCGUUGCAAUUUUUAUUUUCGGUACACAUUGAUACAGAUAAUGGCUGCAUCUUCAAUGAUA